AGAACACAUAAGUUUUGUUUAAUAGCUGAUUAAAUCUUGAAUUUAUCAAGAAAAUUACUUCGUUAAAAAAACGUCGUCUCUGAUUGGUAAGGUUGAGACUGAUGUAGAGCUCAAGUCUUCUGCCGUGAAGUUUCAUGAUAUGUUCUGCAACAAACCUCACCAUGUAUCCAAUGCUUGCUCUGAUAAGGUACAAUCAUGUGACUUACAUGAGGGUAAUUGGGGGAAUGAGGGUUCCAUCGUCUGCUGGAAUUAUGUUCAUGAAGGGAAGCCUAAAGUUGCAAAAGAAAGAAUUGAAUCGAUUGAUCCAAACAACAACUCAAUCUCUUGCAGAGUGAUUGAAGGAGACCUUUUGAAGGAGUACAAGAGCUUCGUAAUCAAAAUUCAAGUUACCCCAAAGAGCCAGGGUGAGGGCAGUAUAGCGCGCUGGACUAUGGAGUACGAAAAGCUGCACGAGGGUAUUGCACAUCCAGAGACUUUGCUGGAGCUCGCAGUCCAAGUUUCCAAAGAUGUCGAUGCUCACCUCAUCCAAGGAAACUAAAUAAGCCAUCAUCAAGAUGAUCGACUGUUGCUGAUGUCUAUGUUGAAUGUAAUGCUUGCAAGUGUCUAAGUAAAGAGAGUGACACGUUUUUUCAUUACUUAAAUGCUAUGUAGGAAGUUGUUUUGUUGUGCUGUACAAAGAACGCCAUACGUGGUGUUAUGCAUGUACCUUGUAAAUGAUGCUUUACACUUGUUUUGUUUAGUUUAACAAGUGUUAAUGAUGUUUCUGUGUAUGUUCACUGUCCUGUAAAUAUUUAUAGUGAAAACAAUGAAAUGUGGUGUGUUCUGAUGGUUU